AUGGUGUGCGAAGAGAGCACAAUAAUAGAUCUGAGGCAAAAUGAAGGUGGCGCCGAUUUGGUGGAUCUGGGCGGUAAGGUCCACCAGCUCCCCUGCUCUAUCAAGCACGACGGCCCUUCGUCUGUGUCCCACUAUUUCAAACCCAAACCCACAGGGAUUGAGGUGGAGGGGUUAGAGCUGCAGGAAGCGUAUUUCAGAGGAAGGAAGUUGCAGGGAGCGACCAUUCCAAUUCCACAGGGGUAUUCUGGCUUUGUACUAGGAAAGAAGAAUCUCGGGAAGAGAAAAUGUUCCGACGACAUGUCUGAAGGGAACUCAAACAGGUGGGAGGCGAAUGCAAAAUUUCAUAACGUGACGUAUUGGAAUCAUGACAUCCUCCCUUCGCAUGACGAUGCCUUUUUGCGUUCUUUUCACUGGCUCUCUGUUGCGAAAGUACUACAUAAGCCAGUGACAGCCGAAGAUUUGUUGUCUGCAUCCAUUGCUCUUCAAAAAAUGGCUUGA